AUGAUUCGCUCUGCCGCCAAGCCCAAGCUGUCCCUGAGCAUCUCUGCUACCCAGAGCGCUCCGCGACCGUCCCUGUCGCUCAGGUCACCAGUUGCUCCGCGGACUCCCAUCUCGCCAGCAAGUCCAGCAACCAAGCGCUUUUCUUCUUUGCAAGUGCCGAGUUACUCUUAUGUCAACUCGUGCUCGUCUAAGAGCAUCCUCAAGAAGCACUCGUCGGCGCAAGCAAGCUCCACAAGCAAACGGAUUCAAUUCAAUGGCACACCCACUGUCCACUGUGUGACCCCAAUUGAAAACACUGACGAGUACUACGGCAAGCACACCAAGAUGUCUCGGGAGGAGCGACGAUGGGCUGUUCGCCAGUGA